AACGCUGUUGUGAUCGAUAAAUUAUGAUUACGUGUUGUGAUAAGACGGCACUGAACGUGAAAACAUAACGAAACCCCAAAACAAGAUAUUUCCGAUCAAGGGUUUUCUGGGUAGCGAUGUGCGUCCUUUCGAUCUACGGAUGUGCUAGCCUCAUAGAAACGGUGUACGAUAAGUGGACACGCUCCCCGGUGGUAGUAACAUUCGCUGAAAAACCAACCCCAGUCCACGAUAUUCCUUUCCCGGCCGUUACAAUCUGUCCGGUUACGAAGGUGAAAUCAAAAGUGCUCAACUUUACUACCGUCUAUCAGCACGUUGUGCGCGGUGGAAACGUGACGGAUGAAGACUACGAUCGGUUCCUCGCCAUGAUACAGGUGUGCGACUUUUCGUUCAAUACAUACCUAGUCAAACAGGAAUUUGACGACAAUCUCGUACACCUGCUGCAGGAGAUGGCACCUCCGUUCGAGGAACUGUUUCUGAUGUGCAUUUGGCGAGGUAAAUACGUCAACUGUAGCGAUCUGUUCGAGCCAACGCUCACGGAGCGUGGCAUUUGCUACACCUUCAAUGGACUUGGAGCGGACGAUGUUCUGAGAAAGGAGGAGUACCAUCAGGACUUUGAACAUCUUGGAGAGAAGCGAUCAUCCGCGAACUGGUCAAUGGAGCAUGGAUAUCGUCCUAAUAUAGGCCUGAAAGCUUAUCCACGACGCGUAGCUAGCCCGGGUUCUACAGCAGGUUUGUUCGUGGGCCUGAAAUCUGAACUGAGCGAUAUGGACUACCUGUGUGGAAACUCAUUUCAGGGAUAUCAAUCACAACUCCACACCCCAAACCAGUGUCCACAGAUCUCAAACCAAAACAUUCGCAUUCCGAUGAACCAAGCACUUACCGUAAGCGUUGACCCGUUGCUAAUCACCACCUCGGAGAACGUGAUGUCCUACAGUCCGGAGAAACGGCUCUGCUUCUAUCCGCACGAACGGUAUCUGCGCUUUUUCCGCCUCUACACCAAGGGCAACUGUGAGCUGGAGUGUCUGUCCAACUUUACGCUGCACAUGUGCGGUUGCGUCCAGUUUUCGAUGCCACGAGCGGCCAACGUCCACAUCUGUGGGUUGGCAAAAUUGGCCUGCUGCGAAGAGGCCGAAUCAAUCCUCCAGGAGCAAGGACUCGGUUCGGUGGAUAACUCAACGAAAAUGUUGCUGCAGUCGUGCAACUGUCUGCCGGCCUGUAUCUUUCUGAAGUACAAGACAGAGAUCUCGCAGUCGCACUUCGAUUGGCGCCGGCUAACUGACACGAUUCAUCUGUGUGAAAAGGAACUGAAUAACUCGGAACUAUCGUCUUUAGCAGUCUACUACAAAGAGGCACAGUUUAUCUCGAUCAAACGCAACCAACUGUUCGGACUUAAUGACUUCAUCGCGAACUGUGGCGGUAUUCUUGGUUUGUUCAUGGGUGUCAGUUUGCUUAGCAUCGUUGAGAUGCUUUACUUCUUUACGAUGAAACCACUGAUCAACUACUGUUUGCGGAGGUCGAGGAACAGCUCAAAAAUUGCUACCGUGGAACCGUACGUCCCUGGAGGCACUUAUAGCAUUACCUUUAAUAAGUUUAUUCGUGAUGCUGCUUAGAAUCGAAUUUCUAUUGGAGUUCUCAAUGUUCUCUGAAGAUUUGCCGAUUUAUUUGAACUAAGAAUUUCAUCACUUGUUUUGAUUUCAAAACUAAUAGACAUCAAUACACGGAAUAGCAUCGACAAGUAUAAGUUUAUUUUAAAUCGAGAAAAUAGGUUUGAAAAGC